CGGCCGGGCGGGGCUCGGGGGUCGGUGUCCGCUCCAGUCCCCACCGCUACGAUCCUAGAGACUGCAUCCCGUAAUGGAGCAGCCGCGGAAGGCAGUGGUGGUGACCGGAUUCGGCCCCUUUGGGGAGCACACUGUGAAUGCCAGCUGGAUCGCUGUCCAGGAGCUGGAGAAGCUGGGCCUUGGGGACAGCGUGGACCUGCAUGUGUACGAGAUCCCUGUGGAGUACCAGACUGUGCAGAGGCUCAUCCCCGCGCUGUGGGAGAAGCACAGCCCCCAGCUCGUGGUGCAUGUUGGGGUGUCAGGCAUGGCCACCACAGUGACACUGGAGAAAUGUGGUCACAACAAGGGUUACAAAGGACUGGAUAAUUGCCGGUUCUGCCCCGGCUCACAGUGCUGCGUGGAGGACGGCCCCGAGAGCAUCGACUCCGUCAUCGACAUGGACGCCGUGUGCAAAAGGGUGACCACACUGGGGCUGGACGUGUCUGUCACCAUCUCUCAGGACGCCGGCAGGUAUCUGUGUGACUUCACAUAUUACACGUCGCUCUACCAGGGCCGCGGCCGCUCAGCCUUUGUCCACGUGCCCCCGCUGGGCAAGCCCUACAACGCCGACCAGCUAGGCCGGGCGCUGCGGGCCAUCAUUGAGGAGAUGCUGGGUGUCCUGGAGCAGGCGGAGGGACACAUCAGCUGCUGCCACCAGCUCUGACAGCCGUGUACGCCUGAGUGUCGUGAGAGGGGACACAGCUGGGCCCCUGGACUGUCCUGACUCUUCUGCUCCUCCUCCUAGUGGACCACAAGGGGUGAUGGAGAGAGCUCUGUCUGGAUAGCAUCUGGGACACUGCGCUGUGCCCAGAGGCCAGGGCCAGGGUGAGAUGGUCAGAGGCUAACGGCCUGCCCCCUGCCUUGACCCUGACACAGUCUGCGUUCUCAGGUGUAUGGACAAGGAGCUGAAGCUUUCUUUGUGGCUGCGGUCUCACAAAAUAUGAUAAAGUAGAUCAGCUCUAAUCCAUGUCCCUAAACCCUGGACAGUCCCCGCCAAAGCCACUGGGACUUGGUUGCCUUUUCUCUCUUCUCUCUGUCUCUGUCUGUCUCUGCCUUUCUGUCUCCAUCUCUCUCUGUCUCUGUCCCUGUCCCGUCUGUCUUUGCUCUGCCCACCUCCCCUUCAGUGCUAGAUUAGGGAAUGGAGUCAUUUGUAUUCCCAUUGUUAAGCCUUCAGGCCUAGCCAACCGUGUCUUUUCCUUCUCCUAGGGAGGGAGGCCUCUUCUGCCCCAUGCCCUGGAAAUGCUGUCAUACUUUGGGUCUCCAGAGUGGGUUCUCUUGCUCAGAAAAGCGGGCUGCUGUGGCCACCCAGGGCCCAGCUGUGUGGCCGCUGACCCCGCCAUGACCUUUCUUGUUCUCUUUUUGAUUUUUUUAGACUAAAAAUUUAGAGACUCUAAACUUUAGGGGGUAUUUGUUGUUAUUUUUUCAGACAGGGUCCCAGGUAGCCCAGGCUGGCCAUUUGAACUUAGUCUAUAACCCAGGCUGGCCUCCUGGGAGCUCCUUCCUGGUCCUCUGACCUCAGCUUCCUAAAUGAUGUGAGGACAGGUUGUUGCCUCCACACAUGACUCUCCUGGGACCCUACAGUGUGAACCAUCAUCCAGGAUCUGUGGACUUUCUCCAUCUUGAGAUAGCCUCUGAUAUCCUGUUAGGGACCUGGGUGGAGAGGCUGUGGUGCCCAGGCAAGUCCCUGCAUGUCCCUUCAGCCACAGGGAUAUCCGGUGAACUGUGUUUGGAAGUGUGCCUGGGACUCCAGCCAGCCUUAGUCUCUGGCUGACUGUGAAUGUCCAAGCCAGGAGGAGGGGCUCUGGGAAGGGUGGGGUGUGACGCGUGACCUGGACUCCUUCCCAGACCAGGUACAGCUCCUGCCAGUGAAGCCACGUACAUUUUGGAUGCUACUUUCUCUUUUGUCGGUGUCCCCACGGGAUUGGUGGAUCUGAAUUUGAGUGACUUCUCAUCCCUGGAUCUUUUGGUUGUUUCUGGGACUGGGUCUCCUAUAGCCCAGGCUAGCCUCCAGUUCACUGUAGCUGAGGCUGACCUUGAACUCCUGAUCCUCCUACCUUGGCCAGUGCAGGGCAUGUGUGCUGGGCCCGGCUACUUCAGGCUCUAGUGUUUCUUGUUGUGAUGUGGUUUCUUCAGGUCACCUUCGUGUUGAUCCCAUGCCUGGAGUUUAUCUGUUGACACAUGGGGAUCUGAGCAGCUGGCUCUCAGGUGAGGGCACCCUGGGGUGACUUGCUGCCCCUGCAAAAGCAUCUAUGAGUAUGGACCAGCAGUUUAAAUAAUCAGGCCUCUGCCACCCCUGUCCUGUGCUAAUACCUUCUCCAGAGGGAGAGGCCUGCAGCUUCCCAGCCCGCUGUGUGUGCUGUGUGCGCUGUGUGUGCUGUGUGCGCUGUGUGCGCUGUGUGUGCUGUGUGUGCUGUGUACACUGUGUGCGCUGUGUACACUGUGUGCGCUGUGUACACUGUGUGCGCUGUGCAGUGUGGCUCUUCUGCCUAUGGGGGCUCAGGAGUAAGGGAUCCCCCGGGCCCUGGGCUUUUGAGACAUCAUGUAGACAAGGCGGGCCUUGAACUCCUGGCUCUCUGGACUCAGCCUGCCCCUGAGAUGACAGAAAUGGAUCUGAUUUUGUUUAUUUUUUGUCUUUUAAGUCAGAGUUCUACCUGAACUCUGUAGCCCAGGCUGGGCCUCCAAGUUGUGGCAGUCCUGCUUCAGAUGCCUGGCAAGUCCUCCUCAGGAGGACGGUGAGCCAUGCUCCACUCUCUGUUUUCCCAGCUCUGCUGGGAGCACCGUGGUCUUCUGCUCAGGGGCAGAGACUCUGGUCUCCUCUGGUCACCAGAAGGGGGUACAGGUCAUCGUCUAGUUGCCCCUGUUGAGCUGACAGGGGUCCUGGGACAUGGGGCUGGUAUUUAUUUAUUUAGGCAUCUCUUAAACACCUACCCCUUGCCCUGAUCCAAAACCUUUUGAUUUUUCUCCUUGUUUCUUGACAGCUGGGGCUCAGGGUCUAGAGUUGCCAAGUGUUGGCCUAGACCGGUCACAUUGACCCUUAAGCUCCAGGUUACCCCAACACUGACCUUGGAGGUGGGGUGGGCGGGGCUUCAAGGGGUAGAUGACCUGUGGGCGGGGCCUGACCUGGGCCUGGCUGGCCCUUGCCAGCAAGAAAGCCAGCCCAGUGGAGGACGAGAAGUAACAUUGACAUAAAUCCGGAGCCAGGGAUGCGCGCAGGGAUAGCGACGGUGGUGUCUGGGAUCUCAGCCAGUCCGAGAAAGUGUCUGAUUUACACUAUCAACUUAGGUGUGGGAAAGUAGCUUUCGGAUCAUCCUGCUGUCCUGACCACUCCGAUGUUUCCCGAGGCCACGGGAGGCCAGGCUGCCAGAAGCCGAAGCUGGGUCGCCAUAGUGGGCACCAAUCGUUUGAAUUUGGGUUUUUUGUUUGUUUUUUUGCAGGGAGGGGGUUGGCAUGGAGUCUUCUGUAGCUUGGGCUGGCAUCACACUAUGUAGGGUGCCCGUGAAUCCUUCCCUCCCCUCCAGGUCCCGGGGAUGGCAGGGUUACACCUCCAAGCCUGCUUUGGAGGCAGAUCCUUGAAGUUAAAUUGAUAGCUUCACCUGAAAUGGGGAAUCUCAUGUACUUCUUAAGUUGGCCUCUAAACCCUCAUAACAGUGUUGGCCAGAGGCUGGGGGGCCGAGGCUGGGGCCUGAGGCUGGGGGGGGGGCCGAGGCUGGGGGGCCCGAGGCUGGGGCCUGAGGCUGGGGGCCGAGGCUGGGGGGCCAGAAAGUCAGGCUCUCGGAGCUUUUGUGUGAGGAGCUGGAAGACAGACCAGCUGCUGUGUGCAAGGCUGCUUGUGUCUUCGCCCCCAGGCUGACCUUGCCUGGGCUAGGGAGUGCUUCCAGCCUGCCCCCUCCCUCCCUCCCACUGUCUAGACAGCUUACCCUCGACCUCUCUACCCCUUGGAGUGUCUGAACCCAGAAGUUCCCUCUGGGAACAUAAGAGACAAAGCCUUAUUCUCAGAGUCUCAGCUCUGAGAGGAGCUGUGGGGGUCCCUAUGCGUGCUGAUGGCUUCUCAAAUGCAGACCCCGGCCGGCUGCCCCCCUCCCCAGCCCACCAUCUCUCCAGAUCCACAGGCUGGAGAGAGCAAACAGAGGGAGGGGCUUUGGUAUUCUGUGUCAGGUGAAGUGACACACACACACACACACAAGUACAGUGUCUGGACUAGAGGGCAGGCCCUCCCCUACACUCCAGGUUAGAGGCCUGGCUGGGAUUUGAGAGACAGAAAACAAAACCUCAGGAAGAGAGUGAGAGGAAGGCAGGAAGGCGGCAGGGUGGCUCAGUGGGGAGUCAGCUGCCACCAAACCUAACAGCUGGGCUUUGUUCCCCAGUGAACUGCCCUCUCCCACAUGGCUGUGGUGACCAGUGUCUGUCACUCUGGGCACAGCCUUCAUGUCUGGGCCUUGUUCAGGGGACUCAGAGCUGGGUUUGGGGGUGGGUGUUUGCUUUUUGUUUGUUUGUUUGGGGUUUUUUUUUUUUUUUUGGUUUUAUUUUGUUUUUAGUGGUUUUAGUGGUUUUACUCUGUAGGCCUUGAAGCCCCUACGCCCUCCUGUCUCUGCCCUAUAAACCAAGGCUUCGCUGAUGCUGGUUGGCUCCAGGCUCUUUUCCCUCAAAGCCUGGUGUGGCCCGCUCGGGGCAGGCACGGCCACACCCUAGGCAGUGCUUCCUGGCCCCCCAGGGGGCUUGGCUGGUUUUUGGGACCCCUCAGUACCUCAGGUAUUUUAUCUUCUUAACAGGGGCCCUUCUGCCCUCUGAGACCCUUCCGGCCCAGUGCGCCUUUUCUUUGACCCCCAAGCACCCUGACCGAGUGUCUGGGACCCUGGGGAAUAGAAGGGAGAAGGACCUGCUGGGCUGCACUCUGGGAAACGCCUCUCUCGUUACCCCAAAGCCAAUAAAGUUGUUGAAACCUGUCA